CGCAGUUUAAAACGUAAACCGCGGCGCGGGAGGUAGUCUGAUUUUGUGAGGGGUUUUGUGCUGUAAACUGAAUGCGUGUGGAAUAAAAGAUACCCGACGUGUCAGAAUUUCAUGAAACGUCGUUUGAGAGAUAAUGGAUUCCAGUUUAGCCGGAAGGCCGGAGAGAGUGGGACCGGUGGAGGUGGGGGACAUAAAGAGGGACCUGCUGGCUGAGUUUUCUGCUCUGCCAACACAGCAGGACAACGCUCAGGAGCAGGGAGAGAACCUGCAGGUUUACCUGAGGGUUCGACCCUUUACUGCAGCCGAGAGUGACAGUGGAGAGUCACAGGACUGUGUGACAAUCGAGGGACCCGACACUGUGGUCCUCAAGGCUCCCAGGAGCUGCCAGUCAAACCGUCAGAGUGACAAGUCCCUCCCACAAACGGCCCAGAGGUUCACCUUCACGCAGGUGUUCGGUCCAGAGGCGAGUCAGAGGAAAGUGUUCGAGGGCUCGGUCCGGGGUUUGGUCCGAGAUGUUCUGCAGGGAGGAAACUGUCUGGUUUUCACAUAUGGUGUCACCAAUGCUGGGAAGACCUUCACCUUCCUUGGUCCCGACCAUGACUCAGGUCUGCUGCCCAGGUCUCUGUCAGUCAUCUUCAACAGCAUCGAAGGCCGCCUGUACAGCCGCUGCGACCUGAAGCCUCAGCGCUGUCGAGACUUCAGUAGACUGACUCCAGACCAGCAGGUGGCGGAGAGCAGCAGCAAGAGGAACCUGCUGAGGAUGCUGAAAGAGAGCGACAAAAGUGCGACGGCUGGAAGGUCGGCAUUCCUCGAAGGCUCGUCUCUGAGCAGCGACAGCAGUGUGAACAGCGUCUCAGAGGCCAACAGUUUCUGUUUGGACGUCGGCUCAAAUAUCUGUUUCUCCAUCUGGGUUUCCUUCUGUGAGAUCUACAACGACAACAUCCACGACCUGCUCGAACAGGUUCCCAGCGGACACCAGAAGAGGACGGUCCUGCGUCUGUCACAGGACUUGAAAGGAAACUCGUUCAUCAAAGAUCUGCGCUGGGUGCAGGUGAAUAGUUCAGAGGAGGCGUACAGAGUGAUGAAGAUUGGGAAGAGGAACCAGAGUUUCUCCUCCACCAGACUGAACCAGCUGUCCAGCCGGAGCCACAGCAUCUUCUCCAUCAGGAUCCUGCGAGUGGACGACGUCGGCGUUCCCAGAGUCCUCGGCAUCAGCGAACUCGCUCUGUGCGAUCUGGCCGGGUCCGAGAGAUGCUCGCGGACCCACAACACCGGCGAGAGGCUGAAGGAGGCGGGAAACAUCAACAGCUCGCUGCUCACGCUUGGAAAGUGCAUCCACGCCAUGAGGCUCAACCAGAACGCCAAGUUUCAGCACCACAUUCCCUUCAGGGAGUCCAAGCUCACACACUUCCUGCAGUUCUUCUUCUGUGAUGCCGGCCGGGUCUCCAUGGUGGUCAACAUCAACCAGAACUCGUCCUGCUUUGACGAGACGCUUAAUGUGCUCAAGUUCUCAGCCCUGGCUCAGAAGGUGGUGGUGCUGAACUCGAGGCCGGCAGCCCUGGAUGACACCUCCCAGAGGUCGGCCAUGGAGCUGUCGCUGAUCAUCGAUGAGGCCGACCGCCGCAGGAAUGUGUCAGGGAGGGGCAGGAAGAGCUCAUUAGUCGCCUGGGAUACGAGCCUGGAGGACGUGCUGGAGGAUGAAGAUGGCGAAGAGUGUGAGGAAGAUGAAGAGGAGGAGGAGGAUGAAAGUAUGAUGGAGGGAACGGUGCUAGAGGCAGGAGGCGAGGAUGAGGAGGAAGGAGACAGGACAAUGGAGGAAGAAGAGAAGUCGGGCAUGGAGGCGGCGAUGCGUCUCGUUCUCGAGGCUCAAAUCAGAGAUGAAGUCAGCACUGAGUUUAUGGAGCUUUUCAAAAAGAUGGAGAAGGACUACAGUGACCGCCUGGAAAGAGAGCGGGCGAUCCUGGAGGAGCGGGCAGAAAAGAGGGUGGAGAUCCUGAAGAACCUUGUCAGCAAGACAGUUGACCUGUCUCCUGCCAGCACGGACAGCAACAAGGAGGAGCAGGUGGCUCUGCUGGAGGGAAUCAUCAGCUCCAUGAGCGAAGACCUGGAGAAGAUCAGAGAGGACGCUCAGAGUGUCCACCGCUGUCUGACCGAGCACACACACACUGCAGAGCUGGAGGCACUGCGACGGGAGAACCAGCAAUCACAGGACCAACUGCAGGAAGCCAAGAAGUGCCUGGAACAGCAGCAUGAGAAAGUAUCAGAGCAGAUGGAGAUGUGUCAGCAGAAGGACGAAGCCCUCACCAAGCUGCAGGCAGCCAUGGACAGCACCGUGGAGAACGCCGCUCGAGACAGACAGCUGGUGGAGUCAUUCAAGUCGCAGCUGCUGGAGUUUCAGCAGACCUGCCGCUGCCUCAGGAGGCCAGGUGGAGAUGAGGAGGAGGAGAGCAGGAAACGUCAGCAUGUCUCUCCGGAGGAUGAGGAGCAAAAAGGAGCAAAGAGGAGAGUGGUCCUGGAGGAGGAGAUCUGGAGGCUGCAGGAGGAAAAUGACAAGAAGGAUGAGGCCAUCAUCGAGCUGAGAGAGAGGGAGGAGAGGAGGAGGACCUGGGAGGAGGAGCUGCGACAAGAGAAGGCGAGGCUAGAGGAGGAGCUGAGGAGACGGGUGGUGGAGGUGGAGCAGCUGAAGAAGGAGCAGGCUUUGCUGGAGGAGCAGGAGCAGAAGCUGACAGAUCUGGAUGGGUGUCCGAACUGCGACUCAGUGUUCGUGUCUCUGGAGUCGGAGCAGAGGGAGACGUCCAGACUGCUGAAGGAGAACAAAGCUCUGGUUAAUGGCAUCUUCCAGCUGCAGACAGAGGUGACCAACCUGCAGAAGCAGCUCAAAGAGCAGACUGACAGAUCUGACAGCCUAUCAGAGCAGUUCAGCACCACACAGACCCGCCUCCAGGACCUGGAGCACCAAUCAGAGGAGAAGAUCAAGUCCAUCAACAGUGUGACACAGGAAAUGGAGCAUCUUCGGAAGGAACAGGAAGGGGGGCAGAGCGGCAGCAGCGUUUUCCACACCGCCAUGGAGGAGCUGAAGAAGGAGAGCGAGGCGGCGCUUCAGUGCUCGGCUCAGAAAUCCCAAGAGAUCGAAGAACUGCAGAGAGAAAAUAGGCGGCUGGAAGCGGAGCUUAGACUCAGCGAGAACAGGUGUGCUGAGCUCAGGGUGAAGUUGGCCAAUCAGAGAGCAGAAUUCUCCCACCAGGUGGAGAAUCUGAGGGCGGAGCUUGACUCUGAGGGCGCCACUCUGCGAACGAGCUUGGAGGAGACUGAGGAGAGAAGGAGGCAGCAGAAGACGAUGGGAGAGCUGCAGCGAGUUGUGGAUGAGAAGGAGAACCUUCUGGAAGAGAGCCACCGACAAGUGGAGACACUGGGAGGAGAGCUGCAGCGUCUGAAGGAGGAGCUGCAGAAGAGGGAGGAGGAAGAGGAGGAGAAGGAGAACAGGGCUGUAGAGGAGGAGAGGAAGGUGCCUCUGGUGGAGGAGCUGAAGAAGGAGAUCCAGAAACUCCAGGAGAGGAAGGGGAGGCAGCAGGAGGAGGGGGGGAGGAGGAGGAGGAAGAGCAGGGAGUGUGAGGAAGCAAAAAAGGGUGUGGAGAAACUUCAGAGACCGAAAGAGGACAGAGAGACUCACCUGCAGGCAAAUGCACAGGACCUUCAAGAUUCUCCUCUGAGGUCCAGCAUGGCUUUCAGGAAGAAAACUCACAAAACUGUGGGGAGGAAGAGGAAGAGCUGCGAGGUGGAGGAUUUGGUGUGCAGUGAAAACAAGCAGAACAAACCGAGAGGAAACGCUAGGAGCACCCAGCAGGAGCGAGGUGGGGCUCUGCAGAAGAUCGAAGAGGUGAUCCACAGCUCGCCCUCCAUCCUGGGCAGCAAAGCUAAAAACAGCCGCCUGGUGAAGGAGGAGGCAGUAACCACGGCAAUCAAGCCGCGGCGCGGGCGCAGGAAGCUUUUUAAUAUGGACCCUUGGGCGCCGAUGGUCGACUCGCCACACACAACGCCAGCAGGAGCAGAGGAGGACCGGGAGAGCGACCACAGCAUCAUGAAGAGAAAGCUGCGCUCCCAAACCUGCAGGAAGUGACAUCGUGACCACGUGUCUGGCUUCUCUGUUUGAUUUUUAAUGCCUGUACAGUGUCUUUGAUCAGUUUGUGUUAUUUUUGUUUUGUUUUUUUAAUCAAGCUUCAUAAAGAAAAAUGUCAGUUCACUGUCGUGAGGCCCCGCCCACUCUGACAGUUGAUCUGAUGGGUGGAACGGCCUCAAAACUGAACCCAAUUGAUUUUACAAAAGAAAAAUGAAGGGAAUUAAGAAUUUAAGGUGGUUCGCUGGGUUCUAACUUCUGUUUAUAUAAAUAAAGAUGAGGGUGAAUUCUGCUUCAGUGAGUUUCUUCCUAGUGCUCUACAUAAAUACAAUUUUUAUGAAUCUGAUGUAUGUGUGCCAAGCUAGUGCUGUGCAUUAAAAGAAUCGUGACAAGUGAAGCCAGUCUGACCUGGUGGGAGAUUAGGGGGCAGAGCCAACAACCCCACCCCCAUAAUCCUUCCCCCCCCAGACCAGGCACCAGGGGAAGCCCUAGCACCCGGCAGACCAGCAAAGGCAAGCCGAGAGGACCUGUCCAAGGAUCCUCAGAGAGGCAAAACCACAGUGAGGGGACAGGGCUGACGGUGCAGCGGGCACAGAUACAUUUAAGAACAGAUCAAGGGCCAGGUGAACGCAAGAGACCGCAGGGAGGUGGAGCAACUGAGGAGAGGGGCAGGGGGAGGAAUCACACCUGCCAAAUAGGUUCCAUGCAUCCAGUCACCUAGAGGCCAUCUCGUGCCAGACAAAGGCAACCAUGGUCAGCCAUCUCAACCUUCUCCCAAACCCAGGAAGGGCCUCCCCACCCACUUCACAAAACCUGGGUUUGAGCACCACAUCCUCGAGCCCAGCCCCCCAGGUCAGGGAGAGCACCUCCCACCCCAAAUGGGGGCGAGGGACUAGGGGAACCAACUGCCCCCCACCCCAGGACCAACCAGUGCACCCCAACAGCACCGGCCAGCACCACUGGUGCGCACACCCUGUGGCCUCCACAGAAACUCAUUCAUACCUGUGGGUUGUGCAGCUUAAAGGCAAAGGAGGUGAAGUAGUUUCCUUCAGGUUUGGGAUACAUGAUUUAACUUUAGCGCCACUAAAAUUGUGUCAGAAAUGUUUCAUUAAAUAUUAAACUUCCACUUUUUAAAUGUUCUGUUAGUUUGGUAAUCUAAA